AUGGUCUACAAUCUGUUGGCCGAGAAGAUAUGCUGCCUCCGCUACCCGACUAGUCGCAACGCCCGUUCAGUUGGUGGAAAGAGGCUGCGGAUUACCUUGACAUUCGAACGAGUCUUCAGCUUGCUAGAAUUCGACGAUGAUGACGAUGACGAUGAUAAGUGGGAUGGGCUUAGCACAGACGAUGAGUUAUCUUCGGAUUCCAUCGUCAGUGAAAGUGGUGAAUGGGAUAAUCAGGGUUCUGAUGAAGAAUGGAAUUUGGAGGGCAAUGAUGAGGAAUAUGCAAAUGCAGAUGCUGAGAGUAAAUGUGAUCCGAUGAUAACUGGAGACGACACAGAACUGGCUGGCAGUGGUGACUACGAUCCCAUGACCAAUGACGAGGAUGCAGAAAGGGUCAUUGAGGAGUGA